CGUCGACAGCGUUACUUUUUCCUCCAUCGACCGGGCGGUGAAAAUUGGUGCAAAUCUGCUCAUUAGUGAACUCUGUCGGCGUGCAAAUGACGCUCGUGUCGUUCACCAGCUCGUUCCGGUGCUAGAUGCAGUCAGCAGCAGCUUUAGCCGUUUGUGGUGACCGAACGUGACGACGGAUGUAUAAUUUUGUGAACUCAAACUCUCGUGCAACCAACGGGUGUGGUUUCAGUGAAUAAUUAGGUCCCGAAGGAGCGACCCCAACAAGAAGACGCGAACGCGACAGACAAUUAGUGCAGCCCCGCAUUUUUCAAGGACUACAGAAGAAGCCUUGUCUUGUCCGUGUGUGCGCGUGUGUGUGAGUGUGUGUGUGCGGGUGUUGUGACAUUGAGACGAACGGAGGCUGGCCCAACGCGCGCGCACCACGGCCCUCUCACAACCUAUACAGAAUCGUGCGAGGAUAAUAGGAACCGGUGGCGGCGGCGGAACACGUUAGGCAAACGGAAGGGGAAGCUUUCCGGUAGCGUUCGGUUCGUUCGAGUAACCCCCAUCGUGUCCUCUGGAGUGGAGCGGAGUACCAUACGCUCGAGCGGCACGGAAGAAAGCACGCGCAGGACACCUGGCAGGAUCCGGAGGGAGAAGUGGUGGUUUCUUCUACGAUGAUGCCGAAACGAUCACGUCUGGGUGACGUCCGCGGACCCAUCUCGAAUGGGCCGAUGCAGUCGCGACCGCUCGUGGCGCUGCUCGAUGGGCGCGACUGUUCGAUCGAGAUGCCGAUACUGAAGGAUGUGGCCACCGUUGCAUUCUGCGAUGCACAGAGCACCUCAGAGAUCCAUGAAAAAGUAUUAAACGAAGCCGUUGGCGCACUGAUGUGGCACACAAUCAUUCUGACGAAGGAAGAUCUGGAAAAGUUCAAAGCGCUCCGGAUAAUCGUCCGGAUUGGCAGCGGGGUCGACAACAUUGACGUGAAGGCGGCCGGCGAGCUCGGCAUCGCCGUGUGUAACGUGCCGGGCUACGGGGUCGAGGAGGUGGCCGACACGACCAUGUGCUUGAUCCUGAACCUCUACCGAAGGACCUACUGGUUGGCGAACAUGGUGCGAGAAGGCAAGAAAUUCACCGGCCCGGAACAAGUGCGAGAUGCAGCGCAGGGAUGUGCCAGAAUACGGGGCGAUACACUCGGGCUGGUCGGACUGGGGCGCAUCGGUAGCGCGGUGGCGCUACGGGCGAAAGUGUUUGGUUUCAACGUGAGCUUCUACGAUCCGUACCUGCCGGACGGGAUCGAGAAAUCGCUCGGGCUCAACCGCGUCUACACCCUGCAGGAGCUGCUGUUCCACUCCGAUUGCGUUUCGCUGCACUGUACAUUAAAUGAACAUAAUCAUCACCUAAUCAAUGAGUUCACGAUUAAACAGAUGAGACCCGGCGCAUUUCUGGUAAACACGGCACGCGGUGGCCUGGUGGAUGACGAGGCUCUGGCCAUUGCGCUGAAACAGGGACGAAUCCGGGCGGCCGCACUUGACGUUCAUGAGAAUGAGCCAUACAAUGUAUUUCAGGGUGCACUGAAGGACGCCCCGAACCUACUCUGCACGCCACACGCAGCCUUCUACAGCGAGGCGGCCACGACGGAGCUGCGCGAGAUGGCGGCGAGCGAAAUCCGGCGGGCAAUCAUUGGCAAUAUCCCGGAGUGUCUCCGGAACUGCGUGAACAAGGAGUACUUCCUGCGCUCGUCGACGGGCGGUGGUGCCGGCGGAUACUCAGAAGCUGGUAUAAAUGGCGGCUAUUAUUCAGGUGGAUUACAGCAAGCCCAUAGUACAACACCGCUCGAGGCACCGCACAGUGCAGGAUCGCAUGCGCCACCCAGCGGCGGCGGUCCCCCGCCACCGUCCGUUGCCGUACCGCCUGUUUCCGCUGUUACAGCGCCACCACCACAAGCCUCUUAGUGCCCCAGAUCCAAGUAAUCAUCAUUCGGUUAAGCCGGAACCAUCAGAAGUACAUUAGUUUUUAUCAUUAUAAAAUAAUAUAUAAAUAUAUGCUGCUACUACCUUUACAAUUGUAACAAGAACAAAAAGAAAACACACCUUUAACACCACCACCACAACCACACGUACACGUACGAUACGAUGAAAGGCAACAAUCAACAACAACCGGGCAGGCAGCAGCGAGGCAUUCAUUCGCAAACUGAUGAUGGCAGCCAAUAGGAGGAAAAAGGACCGCAUUAUAAAAGAGUAGUAGGGAAGUUACAAAACCAACAACCACACACACAUACACGAAAUCACACAACAUUAGUAAAAAUGACGUUUGCCAAGGACUGGGGGAAUGUAUGAGGCAAUGAUAAUGUUACAAACAGAAACACACGACGACACCUUGCAACUCGAGGGACAUUGGUGAAGACAAUGAACAACAACAGCAACAAAAACAACAAUAAUAACAACACAACAGCAAACAAAAAAGGUGUGUGUGAUUAUUUCUUUGACGAACGUUAAGUGAACUAUUGACUCUAACGAGGAGAAAGAGAGAGGACCCUAGGAAAAAGAGUGGAUGAUCGUAUGAGGAUGAUUUUUUUUAAUUGUUUACGUGUUUUUGUCUUUGACAAAGAGAAAACUUAAACAAUGUGUACGAAAAUUUAGAUUAAAGUAAGAGUAAACUAUACUACUACCUACGUAAAAAGCAUGCGAACACACAACACACACACACACAGAAACAUAGAAAUAAAAAUUAAAACAAGGUACACAUGCAGAUUUAUAGAUCGUUGCCCCCCGAGAGAGAGAGAGAAAGCAGCCACCACCAGCAGCCCCGUAAUAUGAUAUGAUGAUACAAAUGAGAUCCACAACACACACACACAUACAUCCACAUGUGUACACAAUCGGAGGAGUUGAACAGAGCAGAGAAUUAAUGUGUAAUGGAUAAUAAUAAUGGAUAAUAAUAAUAAAAAUGUGGAGGAAGAAGCACUAACGGUACUUUAAUGCAUUAGUAGCGUGCAGAAGCAAACGGAGAAAGGACAGUAAAAAAGAGUAUGGAUGUACAUGUGUGAGAAUGAAAGCGGAUAACAAGAAGAAAAUCUAAAAAAAGAAAAUGAAAAACUUGCAGCGAGAACGGUGCAAGUAAGUAAGUGAACGCAUCGUUAUUGAAGGCAAACGCAGUUUGAAGGAUACAAAUGACAAACGCGAAUGCAAAUGAAAGCGCAAUCGAGCACACAACUCACAUUGCAGAGUUGAUAAUAGAGCGAAAAAGAGAGAGAGAGAGAGAGAGCGAGUGCAGUCCCUCAUAUAAGAUAUAAAGCAUUAUAAGUUGCAAACACACACAUACGUAGAAAGAAAGUAGCAAAAACAUUCACAAUACCCAUACACACGAACACACCGGACACGACGCAGGAAGCGCGGCGAUCGUGUGUGUGUUUCUCUGUGUAUGGGUAGGUGCGCACCGCCUGCGCCUGCACUCGUCUAUUUGUAUGCGCGUUUUGUGACAAAAUAAUGAUUAAAAACCACGAGAAAAAUUAAUUGUUUUUCUUUUUUUCGGUACGCGCCCCCCCAUGUAUGCAUGCGUGUGUUUUAUAUGAGAGGAAUAUAACGCGAGGCAAGAGCGUGUGUGCACGAGAGAGAGAGGGAGAGAGGGCUAGAGAGAAAGCAAGGGAUAGCGAGCGAAUGAGCGAAUAGGAUGACCGCGAUUAUGAAGUGAAUGGAUUAGCGAGCGCUUAACAUUUUAUGUGCAUAAAUUUGUGAACCCUUUCACCGCAGGAAGGCGGAAAAAGAUAUAAAUAAGGGCUCUGCCCGUUCUUGCAGGAUAAAAUGAAAACAUUAGGGUGUGAUUACAGCGCUGUGCUGAACAGCGCGGGUGGUCACGACGCACUCAGUUUGGGGUGCGCCGGUGUUGUACCCUCCUGCUGCUGUUAGUAACAGGUUGGGUAGCAGGUUACACGACAAAUCAGGACGGCACAUGAACACAAACAAACACACACACACACACAAGUAGUGGAUUUCGACGGAGCAGAGCAUCCAGCAGAUAGUAGGGUUAAAGACUUGACACGUGUCCUUUAGAUUCUGUUUUUUUUUCUUUCCUUUCGCUCCCUUUCUAUACAGCAAGCAGAUAGGUGGUUGUUAUUUGGAGGCAGCAAAAUGUUGCAAAACUAGGCGAAGAAUCGGACCGACGCAAAAAACAAACAAACUCCUAUUCUUAAAUGCCCUACUUUCCCCGUUAGUACAGCUUAUUUUUUUAAACAAUAAAAGUAAUUCUUGAU